AUGUCGAAGAAACGGGGGCUUAGUGCUGAUGAGAAAAAAACGAGGAUGCUGGAGAUAUUCCAUCAAAGCAAGGAUUUUUUUCAAUUGAAGGAGUUGGAAAAAAUUGCACCAAAAGAAAAAGGCAUAACAGUGCAAUCAGUAAAGGAAGUGGUGCAAAGUUUAGUGGAUGAUCACUUGGUGGACUCCGAGAAAAUUGGAACCUCCAUAUAUUUUUGGUCAUUUCCAAGCAAAGCCAGAACAGCAAAAAAACGGAAGCUAACUGAAUUACAAAAUGAACUGGAGGACUGUAACAAGAAGCUGAAAAAGACAGAAGAUGCUAUUCUCACUGAGUCCGUUGGACGAGAGAACAACAAAGAAAGAAUAGCUACUUUGUCAGAACUUGAUGAGAUGGUGAGACAAGAGGGGAAAUUGACGAAAGAGCUCCAAAAGUACAGAGACUGUGAUCCGGAGUACAUAGCACAGUUGAAAACAGAUACUGAGAAUCUUAAAACUGCAAUAAACAGAUGGACAGAGAACAUUUACAUCUUGAAGUCUUACAUCAAGAACACCUUUCAAAUGGAAAAUGAUGUGAUUGACCAAAGCUUUGGUUUACCUCAAGAUUUGGAUUACGUUGAAUAGUUGUGGUUGUAAAAGUAACAUUUCUUACAG